AUGUCCUACACAUUUUCCAUCCUCUCCCCCCUCGACGUCCCCCUCUUCACCCACGACUUCGGCACCUCGCGCUCCGGCGGCGACGGCGUCGCGCGCUACACGCCCUCCGAGCGCGCCAUGGUACCCUUCAUCCUCCACUCCUCGCUCGACAUAGUCGAAGAAGUGCAAUGGGGCCCCUCGACCUCCUCAGGCUCGGCACCCAUGUAUCUCAAACACAUCGACAAGUACCAAAACAGUUUUGUGUCGUGCUGGAUCACGGGCGGAAACACGCGCUUCCUCCUACUCACCAGGCCGCGGGAUGAGAGUCUUGGGCUGGUCAGUGGGGGAGGGGCGAGCAAGGGGAGUUUAGCGGGUGGAAGGGCGGCGAUGGGGAGUGGGGGUUUGUACAAUCCGAGUGCGCCGGCGACGGAGGAGGCGGUGAAGAAUUUCUUCGUGGAUGUGUAUGAGGCGUGGUUGAAGACUAUUAUGAAUCCGUUCUUUGCGGUCGGGAAUGGCGAUGUGGUUAAGAGUCCGGUCUUUAGGCAGAGGGUGGCGACGGCGGCGAAGAAGUAUCUUUGA